AUGGACUUAUCAAAAGCAUCGUUAUCGUUUUGCGGAUGUGGUUUUUUGUGUAUUUAUCACGCUGGUGUUUGUGCAGCCCUGAAGGAAUACGCACCCCAAUUGCUGUACAACAAAAUUGCGGGUGCAUCAGCGGGUUCAAUUGUUGCUGCAGGACUGAUUUGUAACGUUUGUGUAUCACAAGCAGCAAGUGCUAUCCUAAAGGUGGUCACCCAGGCACGUUCUCGCGCAUUAGGUGCACUUCAUCCAGCAUUCAACUUGAUCGAAGUAGUACGAACGAAUCUAACCGCAGUUCUACCAGAGAAUGCGCAUCAGUUGUGUACGGGUCGUUUGCAAAUCUCAUUAACACGUGAACGUGAUCGUAAGAAUGUGAUAAUCUCGAAGUUUGAUUCAAAACAAGAACUUAUUCAAGCAAUUUUAUGCAGCUGUUUUAUUCCAUAUUAUUGUGGACGCGUCCCACCGAUUUUUCGCGGUGAGCAUUAUUUGGAUGGUGGUUGGUCAGAUAAUCAGCCGAUCAUCGACGAGAAUACCAUUACCGUAUCACCAUUUUCGGGUGAAUCUGAUAUUUGUCCACCUGACGUCGAUAGUGCAAGCUUGUUUGGCUUCCAAUUCGGUGGAACAUCGAUACGUUUCACGGCAAGAAAUAUCUAUCGCUUAACGGUUUGCUUGAUUCCACCAUCCACGGAAGUAUGCUCAAGGAUAUGUCGACAAGGCUUUGAGGAUACAAUUCGUUUCUUAACCAGAAAUGGUGUUGUACCGUGUAUGAGAUGUCUUGCAGUUCAGUCAAGUUUCAUCAAUUUACCCGACUCGAAACUUUCUUCUGUUUCUCGCAAAAGUCGCUCUCAACUGAAAGUUCAACGAGCCUCAGACAAUAGUAGUCAAAUGAUAGCAACAACAACAGGAUCUGACACAACGGAAUGUAAGCAGUGUUCCAAAGGUAUCAGUAAUGGUAAUGAUGAUAACAACAACAAUCAAAGUGACAGUCUGCUAUCAUCAUCACUUUUCCCACAAAUCUUACAACGUGCAAUUGAGGAGGCAUCUCAGAGUGAUAAUCGUUUAUUGGCUUACCUACUUUCCUUUCGAUUACUGCGUUGGUUAAAAACGACCACUGAGCAUGUGACGCUUCCAUUUGAAUUUCUCUUCAUCAUUUGCAAGAACAUAGCAGAGUGGAUAGCGGGAUUAGCGGAACACGACUGGAUCAGAGAAAGAUUCCAGCUUAUCGUUGAUUUUGUGCUCAAAGAAAUCGAGAAUCAACGAACUAUGUACAGUGCCAGGUUAACGUGUCAGUUGGCAGUGACAGAAAUGGAUGUAAGUUCAUGCAAGUCAGUUAGACCUGGAAGAGCAGAAAACUUAGUGAGUGAUGAUAAAGAAAGUAAAAGGCGGCAAGGAGAGGAAAGCGAUUCGCCGGACACAAAUAAAAGCAAGAAUGACACACUGAAUCAUGUUUUCGAGUAUGCACGAACACAUGACGCUGUGCUAGCCUAUUACUAUAGGGACGAUGAUGAUCAGGUAAAACUAUGCGAAAUAUUUGAUGUACGUAAUCCGGAGAGGCGGCAUCGUUGUCAUUCACAUUUGGAGCAUGAUGUACCGAUUAGUAACUUAACCGAUAACAGUUGA